AUUAUACAACUAUAACUAUACAAGCAUUGGCGAGCAUAAUGACGUUCCCAUAGCAUAUAUCGAUGAUGAAAUUAUUAUUAUUGAAAAACUGAAUUAGAUCGUUCAAUGUUGACAAUGGAUUGCCCCAUAGUAACAAGUGAAAUGUGUCUUCUAUGAUGUAGACAUACGUGUAAAAAAAACUCCUAUAAUAAUCGACAAUUAUAAAUAAUUGCUAAAACUGUUAUACGUAAGCAAUCGUCGUCACAUGAUAUACUCAGUUUAAAAAACUUUAUUUAUGCGUCAUAAAUGUUUAAAAAAUCAUCAAGCUAUGAAUGUAUGUGAAGAACAUCUUAAUAUUACAAUAGAUGAAGAUAAAAUUAUUGAUGGUGCAAUAGAUGUUAUCAAGAAGAUUAGACCAUCUUGGCCUCUGCAAGAACUGCAUUUUAAGCCAUUUACUGAUGGAAAAACAAAUAAGUUGGUAGGAAUAUGGUAUUCGGGGCAUUAUACAGAUAUGGUCUUGAUUCGAAUUUAUGGUAACAAUUCGGAUUUACUGAUUGAUAGAAAAGAUGAAUUAAAUAAUAUCAGGAUAUUGAACAAGGCUGGCUAUACUCAUUGCAUUUAUGCUACAUUUAAUAAUGGAUUCGCCUAUCAAUUCUUAGAAGGCGAAACUCUGACUGUAGAAACAAUUAGAGACCCAAACGUGUAUCCAUUAAUCGCGAGACGUAUGGCCGAAAUGCAUUGUCUUAAGCCUGAAAAUGGAUCAGAGUCAAAAAAAGCUUUCAUUUGGGAAAAAACAAAGAAAUUUAUGCAAAUUAUGCCGAAAAGAUUUUCCGAUCCUCUCAAGCAAGCAAAGUUUGAGAUGUUGAUAUCACCAUAUGUGGUAUUAGAAAAAGAAUAUCAUUUAUUGGAAAACAUACUUUCAAAAGUAAAUAGUCCUGUAGUAUACGCUCACAAUGAUCUUUUACUAGGAAAUGUACUGUACAAUAAGGAACAGGACAAUGUUGUUUUUAUCGACUAUGAAUAUACUGCAUUCAACUAUCAAGCAUUUGAUAUAGCAAAUCACUUUGCAGAAUUUGCUGGUAUCGAUGAGCCAGAUUAUUCUUUGUAUCCGGACGAAAAUUUUCAAAAAGCAUGGUUGAAAGAAUACUUACAAAGGUAUAAUGCGACUAAUAAUGUGUCUGAGAAAGAAAUUAACAAGUUGUACUGGCAGGUUACUAAAUUUGCUCCCUUGCCACAUUUCUUUUGGGGUUGUUGGUCUCUCAUCCAAAGUGAGCAUUCGCAUAUUGAUUUCGACUUUUUGGAAUAUGCUGCAACACGUUUUAAUGAAUAUUUCAAGUUGAAGGAAGAAACCUCCAAAUUAAAAAUGGAGUACGACGAAUAAAAAUGACAUUUUUUAAAACACUCAUUCCAGUAAAAGCAUUUUUUAAAACUUUAAUUCCAGUAAAAGUAUUUUUUAAUACUCUCUCCAAAUGUAAUUAACUUGUUGACACGUAUGUAUUAUAUAUAUGUAUAGAUUUUACAUUUUUUUGACAUGGGUACUGUAUGUAAAUAUGAAUAAUGUUGUAAUCACUAUACAUUUACACAACUAUUUUAUUGGUACUAGAAUUGUAAUAAAUAUAAUGUAUAUAAUAAAUGCAUUUAUGGUUGCAUAAUAAAAUAAAUAUAGUAAAUCA